AAAAAUUAAUUGAUGAAUUUCUAGAAUUUAAGUGGAGAACUAGAAGUAUUUUAUAACAAUCAUGGUGUAUAAUUGGCAGGAAUUAAUUUUCCACCUAAUGUUGAUUUAUUAGAAAAGUUAAAAACAAAAUUGGAAAAGAAAAUAUAUGAUGCAGGAGAGUAUUUUAAAAUAGAAGAUGAUUAAGAAUAAGAAUCAUAUGUACUUUAAUGUACAAAACCUUUGAAAGCAUUUGAACAAGUGUUUUUGAUUGAUCAUGCUUUAAGUUUCAGAUAUACUGAAUUACAUACUGCUAUAAAAUAAGUUGAUAGAUUGAAGAAUAUGCUUAAAUAUCAAAAUAAAAAACAGCCCUUAUUCAAAGUAGAAAAGGUGUAUUAUAAUACUGAAGAUUUUGAUGAAAUGGCAUUAGAAACAAUGAAAGAUGUUAAACCAAAAGAAGAUACAUAAGCAAUUAGUUUCUUUGGAAAUAAUAUAGCAUCAAUAGAUGAAGUAGUAAACUUUCUUAAUAAUUAUUAAUAAAUAAAGGCAAUUUGGCUCAAUGGAAAUCCUGUAGCUGAAAAUAAAGAGCAAUUAUUAAUCUCUAUAGAAGAGCAUUGCCCUUAAGUGGAAUUAGUUGAUCUAUCAUUUACAUCAAAUGCAACUUAAUGGGUGAUACGUUAUGUAACAGCAGAUUUCGAUACUAAAAAAGCAAAUAGUUAAGAACCCCUUAAUUAUUUAAAUCUUUCAGGAAGAAAUGUAUUAAGAUUAAAAUCUGUUAAAUAAAUUGCAAAUUGGUUUCCAAAUUUAAGAGUUUUGGAUAUUAAAAAUACUAAAUUAAAUGAUCUAGAAGAAGUCAAUGGCUUUUUCAGUUUGCUUUCAAAUGUUGAAUAUUUAAGUUGCGAUCUUGAAGUAGAAGAAGUGCUAUUUGAAUUACAUAAAACAAAUAAAUUAAAUACAAUUGCUCCACAUUUAAGAUUAGUAAAUUAAAGAGACAUUCGUUAUGAAUCAUACAUACCAGCUAAGGAAUAAUAAAAUGAAAUUUAAUUGAUAAAACAAAAUCUAUUCAAAUUAGCUGGCAAUUAUAGAUUAUUAACUAGUGAUUAAAUGGAUGAAUCUGCUGUAUGGUAUUUAAUGGAUGAAUUAGGAUCUAGUAUUUAACAUUCAGAUACACCUAAUGUAAGUGUAGUACCAUUUUUAUAUUUACCAAAUGGUAAAAUUGAUGAUGAUGCUGUUGCAUACAGUAUUCUAUUUCCAAUUAAAGAUAUUCAUGAAUAACCUGUUUUUAGAGAUUAUUUACCAGGUGUUGAUGAAAUUAAAUUUCGUUCUUAUAGAUUGAAUGUCUGGUUUGAUAUUCCAUAUGAUUUCAUCUUAAAUGGAUAUAAGGAAUACAAAAAGAAAUUGUAGAAUUAAAAAAUUGUUGAACCUGAACUUAUUGCUAAACCUAUCGAAUAUUUACCUUAAGAAAAUAUCAAAGUCAUAACAGAUUUAGAAAUGAUUACCAAAAAUCUUACUUUGCCUUAUGUUUCAUUCACUUUGGAUUUAGAUGAAGCAAAUUUAGUAUUCUUUAGUGCUGGUGUUCAUGAUGAUAUCAAUCAAAAGUAUGCAGAUAAAUUUAUUAAUUAAUAUCCUCAUGAAUAUGCUAUUAUUUCUAAAGAGAAAUUAGCCAAUACAGUUUAAAGUACUUAUGGAGAUGUAGCUUGGUUAUAAGAAACUUUUAAUUUAUAAACAUAAUUACCAUUAUUUAUGGGAGCAUAUAAAACUAGAGAAUUAUAACAUCUUAACAAUCUUUGGAUUAUCAAACCUCCUAAUAUGGCUAGAUCUAUGGAUAUGGUUGUUACUAAUAAUUUAGAUGUUGUCCUAAGAUUAAUCGAAACUGGACCAAAAUUAGCCUAAAAAUAUAUUGAAAGACCACUUACAUUAAGAAAUAGGAAAUUUGACUUGCGUUUCAUUGUUGCUCUUAAAUCUAUUGAACCUUUAAGUGUUUACUUAUAUAAAACAUUUUGGAUUAGAAUUUCAAACAAUCCAUAUACAGAAGAUGUCAAGUAACUCAUAUAUUAUAAUUUAGUACAUUAUCUAUCUAUGAAACACAUUUUACUGUUAUGAAUUAUGGUCAUAAAUUAACAUAAAUAUUUAUGAAUGAAUUUAUCGAAGAAUUCAAUAAAGAAUAUUAUCCACAUACAUGGGAAAAAUAAUAUGAAUCGAUUUAAAAAAUGGUUAGAGAAUUAUUUAUUGCUCUAAGAACUCAUUAACCAGAUAUGGCUAAUUACACUAAAGUAUAUAAUAAUCAACUAUAUAUUUUUAGAAUAGAAGUGUUUACGGAAUGGAUUUAAUGAUUGAUAGUAAUGGUUUCUAACCAAAAUUAUUAGAAAUGACAUUUUCUCCUGAUUGCACAAGAGCUUGUAAAUAUACACCAACCUUUUAUAAUGAUUUAUUUGAAUGCUUAUUCUUUGGAGUAGAAAACUAGAAUAUGAUUUAAAUAUUUAAUUGA